AUGUCUUCUCCCGAGCGUCGAACUGGAGUGAAGCGGCCUAGAACGCAAUCUCUUCCUCCUCCUGCGCUCCCCCAACUGGUCGCGGAACAGAACACGCCUAUCCCACCCACCGACAAAGACUCCCAGCGUCUCAUCGUCGUCCUGUCCAAUGCCAGUCUGGAGACGUACAAGGCGUCGCACGGCGGCACCGGCCGCAAUGGCAUGCACCGCGAGGACAAGUACUCGUUGCUCAACAGCGACGAGCACAUCGGUGUCAUGCGCAAGAUGAAUCGGGAUAUCAGUGAUGCCCGACCCGAUAUCACCCACCAGUGUUUGCUGACCCUGCUCGACUCGCCCAUCAACAAGGCUGGGAAGCUCCAGAUCUACAUCCACACCGCCAAGGGCGUGCUGAUCGAGGUUUCGCCCUCAGUCCGUAUCCCCCGAACCUUCAAGCGAUUUGCUGGUCUUAUGGUGCAGCUUCUUCACCGGCUGUCCAUCCGCUCCACCAACUCCAACGAGAAGCUGCUGCGUGUGAUCCAGAACCCAAUCACCGACCACCUUCCCCCCAACUGCCGCAAGGUGACGCUGAGCUUCGACUCGGAACUUGUGCGAGUCCGUGAGUAUGUCGAGAGCGUUGGCCCCAAGGAGAGCAUUUGCGUGUUUGUGGGUGCCAUGGCCAAGGGUGAGGACAACUUUGCCGACUCACUUGUGGACGAGAAGAUCUCCAUCAGCAACUACUCUCUGUCUGCCAGUGUGGCCUGCAGCAAGUUCUGCCACGCGGCUGAGGAUGUCUGGGACAUCAUGUAA